GUGGAGCAGCGGGCACCGGGCCACCAGGCAGAGCAGCGAACACCGGGCCACCAGGCAGGGCAGCAGGCACCGGGCCACCAGGAGGAGCAGCAGGCACUGGGCCCCCAGGCAGGGCGGCGGGCACCGGGCCACCAGGCGGAUCAGUGGGCACUGGGCCCCCAGGCAGGGCGGUGGGCACCAGGCCACCAGGCGGAGCAGCAGGCACUGGGCCCCCAGGCAGAUCGUCGACUGGCAAGACUGCAGGCACCGAGUCGUCUGGCAAGACUGCGGGCACCGAGU